GUGUUGGGAGUUGUGAUAGGAGCUGGGCUUUCGGUGUUGCUUGUUUCUGCUUUGGUACUGAUAUUGAUCCACCGAUUUCAUCUUCAGAAGGUUCAGGCUCAAGAGCAACCAAAAUAUCGAUUUCGCAAGCGGGAUAAAGUAUUAUUUUAUGGACGGAAGAUUAUGCGUAAGGUUUCUCAAUCUACAUCCUCCCUUGUAGAUACUUCCAUGUCUGCUUCACGGCCACGCAUGAAAAAGAAGCUCAAGAUGCUAAAUAUUGCCAAAAAAAUCCUGCGUAUCAAGAAGGAGCUGCCAACCCUUCAGCUAAAGGAGCCACCCCCAUCUGUUUUGGAGGCUGAUCUCACAGAGUUUGAUGUGGCCAACUCUCAUCUCCCCUCUGAAGUACUCUACAUGUUAAAGAAUGUGCGGGUGCUAGGCCACUUUGAGAAACCCUUAUUCCUGGAAUUGUGUAAACACAUGACCUUUCAACAGUGCCAGCAAGGCGAAUAUGUCUUUCGCCCAGGUCAGCCUGAUACCAGCAUCUAUGUGGUCCAGGAUGGAAAAUUGGAGCUCUUUCUAUCUGAACAGGAUGGGAAAGAGACUCUUGUGAAGGAGGUGUUCCCAGGAGACAGUGUGCAUAGUCUUCUCAGCAUCCUGGAUGUCAUCACUGGUCACCAACGGCCAUAUCGGACAGUGUCUGCACGGGUAGCUGAAGACUCCACUGUGCUGCGGUUGCCAGUGGAAGCCUUCUCAGCAGUCUUUGAGAAGUAUCCUGAGAGCUUGGUCCGGGUGGUUCAGAUCAUAAUGGUUCGUCUUCAGAGAGUCACCUUCUUGGCCUUGCACAACUAUCUGGGCCUGACAAAUGAGCUUUUCAGCCAUGAAAUGCAGCCAUUGCGGCUUUUUCCCCAGUCGAGUCACCCCUCCCGCACAAGUCCUGUCUGGCACAGCAAACGCAUAAUUAAUGCUUCCUCUAUUGAGGACACAAAGGAUAGUACUGGAAGGCAACCAGAUGCCUCUAAAGAUCAAGGUGAUCCCUUGAAAUCAGGUUUAUUAGAACCCACUGUUCCUCUGUUGAGCCGUUGUAUCUCCAUGCCAGUUGACAUUUCAGGAAUACCGAAGGGUCCACGGUCAGACUUUGAUAUGGCCUAUGAGCGAGGGCGGAUCUCAGUUUCUCUUCAGGAAAAUAGUACAGUUGCAUUGGAUGGCUUUGCUCGAUCAGCUUCCCAAGACUCCCGCGAACGAAAAUCUGUGACGGUGGAGGAACAACCAUCAGGCAUCUACCAUUACAACUAUUGUGAGGAUGAUUCAACAACUGGGGAUUGCCCAUUUGGACCAUACCAGGGCCGCCAGACUAGUGCCAUUUUUGAGGCUGCCAAACAGGAGCUGGUCAAACUCAUGAAAAUUGAGGAUUCAUCCUUACUAAAUAAUCGGGUGCUUUUGCACCAUGCCAAGGCAGGAACAGUAAUUGCCCGUCAAGGAGAUCAAGAUGUCAGCUUGCACUUUGUACUGUGGGGCUGUCUGCAUGUUUACCAGCGGAUGAUUGACAAGGCUGAAGACGUGUGCCUCUUCCUGGUGCAACCUGGGGAGAUGGUGGGCCAGCUAGCAGUGCUUACUGGAGAACCACUGAUUUUCACCAUCAAAGCUAAUCGUGAUUGUACUUUUCUUAAGAUCUCCAAGUCUGACUUUUAUGAGGUUAUGAGGGAACAGCCAAGUGUGGUAUUGAGUGUGGCUCAUACUGUGGCAGCCCGCAUGUCGCCUUUUGUGCGUCAAAUGGACUUCGCUAUUGAUUGGAUGGCAGUAGAGGCUGGACGAGCACUUUACAGGCAAGGCGACAAGUCUGACUGCACCUACAUUGUGCUGAAUGGGCGCUUGCGCUCUGUCAUCCAGAAGGCCAAUGGCAAGAAGGAACUCGUUGGGGAAUAUGGGCGUGGGGACCUCAUUGGAGUGGUAGAAGCUCUGACCCAUCAAGUACGAGCUACUACUGUCCAUGCUGUGCGGGACACAGAGUUGGCCAAGUUACCAGAAGGGACUCUCAACAACAUCAAAAGACGCUACCCUCAGGUUGUCACCCGGCUUAUCCACCUACUGAGUCAGAAGAUCCUGGGGAAUCUGCAGCAGUUACAUGGCCCUUUCCCAGGUUCAGGUCUUGGCAUGACCUCCAGCUCAGAACUGACCAAUCCAGCUAGUAAUCUCUCAACAGUGGCAGUCCUUCCAGUGUGUGAUGAGGUGCCCAUGGCAGCCUUCACCUUGGAACUCAAACAUGCUCUGAAUGCAAUUGGCCCAACCCUGCUGCUCACCAGUGACAUAAUCCGUGCUCGUCUUGGGGCAUCAGCAUUGGAUAGUAUCCAUGAAUAUCGACUGUCUGGCUGGCUAGCUCAGCAAGAGGACAUUCAUCGCAUUGUUUUGUACCAGACCGAUUACACCUUGACUCCUUGGACAGUGCGUUGCAUCCGGCAAGCUGACUGCAUUCUCAUUGUGGGCCUGGGGGACCAAGAGCCUACACUGGGUGAGCUAGAACAGAUGCUGGAGAACACAGCAGUGCGGGCCCUAAAGCAGCUUAUCCUCCUGCACCGUGAAGAUGGCCCCAGCCCUGCCCGCACAGUGGAGUGGCUCAACAUGCGCAGCUGGUGCUCAGGGCAUCUACACAUCAAGUGCCCACGCAGGGUCUUUUCUCGACGCAGUCCCAACAAACUGAGAGAGAUGUAUGGGAAAGUCUUUGAAAAGAAUGCGGAUCGUCACAGUGACUUCUCCCGUCUGGCACGAGUCCUUACAGGCAAUACCAUCGCUCUGGUUCUGGGUGGUGGUGGAGCCAGAGGUUGUUCUCACAUUGGAGUGAUCAAAGCCAUGGAGGAAGCUAGUCUCCCUAUCGAUCUGAUUGGCGGCACCUCGAUUGGCUCCUUCAUAGGGGCCCUUUAUGCAGAGGAGAGGAGUGCAGUGCGCACAAAGCAGCGGGCCAGAGAAUGGGCAAAGAGUAUGAAUUCAGUGUUUGCAACUGUGCUGGAUCUCACCUACCCCAUCACCUCCAUGUUCUCUGGCUCUGCCUUCAACACCAGUAUUCACAAAGUGUUCCAGGAUAAACAGAUUGAGGAUCUGUGGCUCCCAUAUUUUAAUGUGACAACAGACAUCACAGCUUCUGCCAUGCGUGUGCAUAAAGAUGGCAGCGUGUGGCGCUACGUCCGGGCCAGUGCAUCUUACACCCCCUAUUUGCCUCCUCUCUGCGACCCCAAGGACAGUCACUUGCUUGUGGAUGGCUGCUAUGUUAACAAUGUCCCAGGCUCGCUGUGGCGGUAUGUGCGAGCUAGCAUGACCCUUUCCGGGUACCUACCGCCACUCUGCGACCCCAAGGACGGCAAUUUACUGAUGGAUGGCGGCUACAUCAACAACCUUCCAGCUGACAUUGCUCGUAACAUGGGUGCCAAGAAAGUCAUUGCCAUUGAUGUGGGAAGCCAGGAUGAGACUGACCUCUGCAACUAUGGGGAUAGUCUGUCAGGUUGGUGGUUGCUGUGGAAACGUCUCAACCCUUGGGCUGAGAAGGUCAAGGUACCUGACAUGGCGGAAAUCCAGUCCCGCCUAGCUUACGUCUCAUGUGUGCGACAGCUGGAGGUGGUGAAGAGCAGUUCAUAUUGUGAGUACAUUCGCCCUCCCAUCGAUCGCUUCAAAACCAUGGACUUCGGAAAGUUCGACGAAAUCUAUGAUGUAGGUUAUCAGCAUGGAAAAGUGGUAUUUGGUGGUUGGUGCCGCGGUGAUAUAAUUGAAAAAAUGGUUCAGGACCGGCACUCAGCAGACUUCUAUGAGAGCAAACGCAUGGAUGUGUUGAUGUGUCCUAGUGGAGGAUUCACAGAUCUGGCAGAGAUUAUCUCUCGCAUUGAGCCAGCCAAGAGCUAUCUGUCUGAGGGCUAUGCUGAUGGAGAAGAGUCAGAUUAUCUAACUGAGUAUGAGGAGGAAGGAAUGGAUGCUGUACGGGAGGAAGAGGGGCAGGAAUUACUAUUUGCUCCUGCUGAACAGAAUGCUAUCUUUGAAACAGAUGAAGAAAAAAGUUUGCGUCAUCGCCAGGGAAUCUCCCAGGCGCCUCCUACCCAAUUGACAACUCCCAAAGGGCCUUAAUGCUGAAUCUCUGUGACCAAUUCUUGGACUUAUCAUGAGGUGUUGCAUAGGUACAGCUCCCCCAAAUCACUUCUGUAACAAGUUUUACUAUCUGGCAGGCCCAGUCAAGAAACUUGUGGAUGCUUUUAGCACCAGCUGCUGUCUUUGAAGAUCUUACAGAAAACCUGCUGGAAUUGUUCCUCCUGCCACAAACUGUAAAGCAUUGCAUAAUGGAUGUGGCACAGUAUUACCUACCUGCAACAGUGUCCAGUUCUAGCUGUGUAAAAGGAUCAGGAAGGCAGGCAGUCUUGGUACUUUCAGAUCUGGAAUUGACUGACAUGUCUAUAGGGUAGGAGCAUGAGAUUGAGAGACAGUGGCUAACCCUUUCCCUUUAGCUUGCUGUGACAUGUAAUAACUCUGAAGCAGCAAGGGAGAACAGAAAAGCACUUUACUAAACACAGCACAGGGGAUGAUAAAUGAUAGCAGUGCCUGAAAAGAACGAUUCAGAUUCCUGUCAUUUCCUGAUGCCUGAUUUUGUCCUUUUAGCCACACCAAAAAAGUAGGAUGUGAUAUAACAUAUUUUCCUGCUGCUCCUUGAGCUUUUCCACUCCAAACUAGCAAUUAUUUCAGCCCUUCAUUGAAAGAGGUAUAGAAGUCUGUAUAGUUUCUGCAUUUGCUGAUCUAGUCCUGCUUCAAGCUCAGCCCCAGCACAUCUUCACAUUCCUAGCCAGCCAGAGAGGUUAAGCUAUGGACUGCACUAACUGUUUUCUGUUUGUUUUUUAUAUGAAACAAAUGAAAUGAUACUGGGCUCAU